AUGAUUCCUGAAAUUUUGGUUGAUUCAAACGAUGAUGGAACAGUCGCCCAGCAACUGGAACUGGAGCAAAUGAGGAGUACAUUGGAUGAGGCAAUUUUGGAAACGCGCAGUACGCCUCUCGAAAAUCAACCGCGACUUCCCCGCAUAGCCCUCAGCAAGUGGAAUCGGGCUAUCGUGAGGGCUCUGAACCCAAUGCUGGUGACCUAUUUGGAAGCCAGCCGGGACCUUUGCGAGACGGACUCAAUUCUCUUUGGCGCCACACUGGCAGUCUGCCGUAUUAUAGGCGCCAAACUUUCCACGGCUGGACGCACUACUGGACAAAGUAGUGCUAUCCCAGUGUGGAGAACAAGAAUUGAAGAACGUAUCGCAAAGGUUACUGCCCUCAUCGGCAGACUGAUAUGCUUCAGGUCAGGCAAUACCAGGCCAUGGAUUGUGCGCACCGUCAGGAUGGCGGUUGCUGGGACAAAUGUUAGUUUGACAUAG